UAAGAUCUAAAUUGAAAGAAAUUAUGUGAAUCCUGCAUCUGAAGUCCAUAGCAAGAAAGCAGUAAGAACUGGAAGUGAAUCUUGCAGACUGUAUUACUAAGCAGAUCGAGAGAAAACACAAAGAAGUCCAGCAGAGAAUACAGAAGAGAGAGAAGAAGCUUCAGGAGAUGAAAAAGAGUGUAGACUCAUUCACACACUCAGCAGAAGCAAUGGUGGAGGACAGUGAGAAGAUCUUUACUGAGCUGAUCAGCUUCAUUAAAAAUGGCCACUCUGAGUUUAAGAAGAUGAUUGCAGAUCAGGAGAAGGCUAAAAUGACUGAGGCUGUAGACGUCCGUGAGCAACUGGAGCAGAAUGUUAGUCAGCUAAAGAAGAUAAAGAAUGAGAUGGAAUACCUUUCAUGCACACAGGAUCACAUCCAUUUCCUCCAGAGUUUUGAAUCUCUCUGCCAGCUUCCAAAACAUGAAGAUCUACCCAAGAUCACUAUGGAUCCAUGCUGCUUUUCUGAGGGUUUGAUGAUGUCUGUUUUUGGUCUGCAAGAGAAACUUGAAGACUGCUGCAGAAAGAAAUUAGCAAACAUUGGCCAAAAAGUGAAUAUUGAGACCGUCCUGCCAACACCAGAGACCCGGAUCAGAGGACUGUUCUUACAACAUGCCUGUCAGCUCUCUCUGGACCACAACACAGUCCAUGAAAACCUGUUUCUCUUUAACAAUGACACAGAGGUCAUUAGGGAUGGAGACAAUUACUAUUAUCCUUCUCAUCCAGAAAGAUUUGACUCUGUUAGCCAAAUACUGUGUAAAGAGGGUUUGUCUGGUUGCUGUUACUGGGAGGUUCAGUGGAGUGGGGAAGUUUAUAUAGGAGUGUCAUAUAAAGAAAUUGGUAGGAAAGGAUCUGGUAAUGAUUGCUGUCUUGGACAUAAUGACAAGUCCUGGAGUUUGCACUGCUCCAAUUCAAAAUGCUGUUUCAGAUACAAUAACAGCAAGACCUCUUUGCCUCUAUCUUCUUGCCCUCGAAUUGGUGUAUAUUUGGAUCACAAGGGAGGAAUUCUGUCCUUCUACAGAGUCUCUGACAUAAUGACUCUGAUCCACAGAGUUCAGACCACAUUCACUCAGCCGCUCUAUCCUGGAUUUAGAUUGUUUUUUCCCAUAUUUGGAAGUGCAGAAAACAUCAUCACACUGUGCCCCCUCAUAGAAUGAGAUGGAUGAAACAGUAGGAUAUCCUCCUGAAUGAAUAAUUUUGAUUUACUGUACUAAAUAUAAAGCAAAUAUUAUACAUAAGCAACAAACAUCAAAAUAAUGGAACACAUUUUUUGCAAAGGUUCACAGAUACACUUUGUAAUUCUAACACAUUAACUUAAGGUAUUGAAGUUAGUGAAAGACUUUGGAGACACUGUUAUCAUGUUAAUCAUUGUGUGUAAAAGCUUGUGGACCUACAACAGUUUAUAAUUAGUCACCCUAUACUGCUGUACAAAGGCAAAAUGGCUUAACUUGCAUAUUUUGUCAAAAUUGAGCUGAGGUUUUAUCUCACAGCAAAAUAUCUUAGUUCAGCUAUGCUCGGUUUUGAAAAACACACUAUCAUUUACCUACCUGCUAUACAUAGAGAUGGAUGGUCGAAAAACUUCCCAGUUUCAGUGUCAGUGUAGGUUCUGUGUUUUUGUAGGGCAGUAGGCCUAUACUAUACAGAAGUUAGAAGCCACACUUAAAGAAACACUGCUCCAGAGAUCCAGAUCAUUUCACUUUAUUGUACUUCAUGUCUGAAGACACAAACUGGGACUAGAUGCAGGAGAAGUUUGUUUACAUAGAUUGCUGUUGGCUUUGGGAUCCGUAGGGAAUUCCUGAGGCAGAUAUGAAAGUGGGGAGUCCAGACUCACAAAAAUAAACAUAUACAGUCAAAUUUAGGUAUCAUGUAUGAUCAGACACUGAAACAGUAGUUUGAGUUAGGUAAUAUAAUUUUCUGUGUGUGUGUGCGUUUUUGUGCCAUUCUGCUUGCAUUAGAAAGCUUGACUGCAUUACUGAAAAUGCAAAGAGCAGAUUGUGUUUGAUCUGUUGACUGAGACUAAGAGAAGGCGUACCCCAGGCUUACCAAAGUAUAGCAGAG